AUGGACGAAGGUCAUGCACUCUUGAGCUCCGAUAAUAUAGAUUUUGAAUUGGCUGAUAAGACCUCAACUAAUGUUGUAGAUCAAGUAAAAUACAUAAAUGGUACGUCAAAGUAUCUUGUUGUAAAUGACAAGAACACAUUCAAAUGGAUAGGCCCUUUUGAAGGUCUCAAAAAUUUGAUGAACGAAUUGACCGGCAAAGAAACAAAAUGGUCGUCUCCCGGCGGCUAUUGUAAGUUGCUUGAGCUGAAUGAAGUUGCUGUAAGAUGGUAUUCAGAUAGUAACUCACUUACAAUUAAUGGAAAGUCGUGUGAUGAGUUUAAGACUCAACUUAUUCAUCUCAACAAACAGCUACAGUUAGAAUCCGAAGACACAAAUGCUGCCUGUGUCUCUGGUAAUGGCGAAAUACCAAUCAACUUUGAUGAGGAAGCAGUAAGUAACGAAAGCGAGAAUCAAAUUUCCACUGGUCAGUUAAACGAGUAUGAAUCAUUGCUUAAUACCGUAAGAAGCCUUGAGGCGAAGUUGGAAAGUAGGAUAAAUGAUUCGCAAGCGAAGUGCACGAGACUAGACUAGAAUUACAUGUCGAGAAAAUUGCGCGAGGGAUCCCAGAAGCUGAAUACACAGAACUUGCAAGCGAAGCUCUGGAAAUAAGAUCAGAAUUAGAUAUCAGGAACCUCACAAGAGACGAGAACGAAAUCAUCAAGUCUCGUGACGAAUCAAUAUCUACGGUUUUUAAUAAGGGAUUUCUCGUUAAAGAGAACGCUAGUCUUAAAGAUGAAAAUGCUUUACUUAAACAGCAGAUUAACAACUACAAAUGUAUUACAUCGGACUUGAGAACAAAGGUCAGAGAUUUAGAAAAUGAAAAAGACAGCUUGGUCACCGUUAUUAAAAUUCUACAUGAUGAUCAAAAUCAACAUACUUGUCAUGCUAAUAAAUCUAUAGCGUCUUGGAAUGUUGUAAACAAUCAUAAAAGGUCUCAGAUUGGCCGUGGUUCCUCAAAGAAUUAUUCUACAAUUGGUCCCAGUGGUGACAUCAGGGACAAAGAUGGUGAAACUCGGAUAAAAAAUCAAUAUAUUGUCUUGAGUGAUGAUAUCGACAACAGUGAAGCUAGUGAGGACGACAGCGUCAUCUUAAAGUCUACACAGGCUCCCCAGAAUAAAGAAAUCCAGGACACUAGCAAAGAAGGACCUAAAGAUCCAAAACAUGGCUGUGUUGCUGAAAUUCCUAACACGACAAAAACAAAAGAGAAAUUAAGCCUUCAACAAAAGGGCUUUGGUAAGAAUCAAAUGAGCGAAUCUGAUGACAAAGCUGCUCAAUCGAAAGCCAACAAGCAGAGGUCACAGCAGAUUAACCAGGAACAAAAGAAGUAUAAGAAUAAGAAACAAAAGGUGAAGAAUAACGAACAAAAGGCAAAGGAAAACGAGCAAACGAGAGAAGCGCAUAAGGCAAGUGAGGAAAGAACAGCAGAAAGACAACGCACUAAAGAAACGGUCGUUAUAGCUGGAGAUUCGAUUAUAAAAUAUGUAAAAGGUUGGGAAGUAUCCAACACUGACAGAAACGUAAUAGUUAAGUCUUUCUCAGGUGCAACAGUUAAUGAUAUGUCUGAUUUCUUAAAGCCCACUGCACGAAAGCAACCCGAUAAGCUCAUUAUCCAUGCAGGCACAAACGACAUACGCUAUUCAAGUCCUAAAGAAAUUGCAAAGAAAAUUAUCGAGUUAGCAGAGAAUUUUAAAAAGGAUUGCAAUGAUACUGAAGUCAUCAUCUCUUCUUUAGUCACUAGAUGCGAUAGAGAGGAACUUACAACGAAGGUAAAUGAAACUAACAAUAUAUUAAAGUCAAGCUGCUUGAAGAAAAAGCUUGCAUUUUUAGACAAUAGUAAUAUUAGUCGCUCUCAUUUAAAUAGUAGAGGACUGCAUUUAAACCGAGAAGGUAGCUCUUUGCUUCAGGCAAACUUUUCACAUUUCUUAAGUUCGCAUAAUUGAAAUGAGGACGGGUCGAGGAGGAGUGCUAAUGAUGCCUGUUUAAAUAUUCCGAAAACAAGGGGUUUUAAGAUGGCUAUGCUUAAUGUAGUUAGCCUUCCGAAACACCUUGAUGAAAUCCGAUUAUUACUUCACGAUAAAUAUUUAGAUGUUUUAGCAGUUAAUGAAACCCGUUUGGACUCCACUAUUUCCGAUGGGAUUGUUAGCAUUGAAGGUUAUGACUUGCUACGUGCUGAUCGGAAUAGAAAUGGAGGAGGGGUAUGUAUUUAUAUAAGACGCCAUAUAAAUUAUGAAAAUCGCCCUGAUCUAGUUCCAACAGGCCUUGAAGCUGUCUGUGUGGAAAUUAAGCAGGCUAAUAGUCAAUCUUUUAUAGUUUCAAGUAUUUAUAGACCACCAUGUUCCGCUAGUGAAGUGUUUAUAAAAAUUGAGAGGCUAAUCAAAUCAAUUGAUGAUGAAAAUAUAGAAUUUUAUAUUUUGGGAGAUUUAAAUUGUAAUAUGCUAGAACCAACUUUGUCCACCACUAGAAGGCUUCAAGACGUUUUGGAAUUAUAUCAGCUUACACAAUUAAUUAAUAACCCUACGCGUAUUACCCAGUCUAGCCAAUCAUUAUUGGAUGUAGUAAUUGCGUCAAUGCCUGAAAAAAUAAUUUUUUCAGGUGUAGUCCAUCUCGGAAUUAGUGAUCACAGCCUCAUUUAUAGUAUUCGGAAAAUAAGUACAAGAAUAAAAACUGAUUUACAAGGUUCUGUCGAGUAUAGAAAUUUUAAGAAUUUCAAUGUUUCAGGCUUUCUACAUGACUUACAAAAUAUACCUUGGGAAGAAAUAAGAUUUAAAAGAAAUGUAGAUGAAAUGUGGCGGUUAUGGAAAACAUUUUUUGUAGAUGUGCUGGAUAAACAUGCCCCUGUGAGAGUAAAAAGAUUAAGAAAAGGGGGUAAUAUUCCUUGGGUAAGCCGGGAAGUAAAGGAAAAAUUAUUUAAAAGAGAUGCUCUUAAGCGUAAAGCAAUAAAGACAAAUAAAGAAGAAGACUGGAGACUAUAUAAGUCAUCUAGAAAUGUUGCCAACACUGCUUUGCGCAGUGCUAAAAGAGAUUAUUAUGCAAACAAAUUCACAAAUAAUAAACAGAAUCCUAAAUAUGCUUGGAGAACAAUAAACGAUAUAUUAGGUCGAAACAGAAAACAGACUACGAUUAAUGAAAUUAAACUUCCAGGUAAAACUGUUACAUCGACCGACGAAUUAGUCGACAUUUUUAAUGAUCAUUUUAGUAAUAUUGGCCCAAAGCUUGCUGAGUCUAUUCCAAAUGACAAUGACGUUAGUUUUCGAGAUUUUAUUACUCAACAAAAAUCUAAGACAAAGAACAGUUUCUCAUUUCGACCAGUGAGUGUAACAUUGGUUUACACUCUUCUAGUUAAUUUGUCUACCACCAAAGCGACUGGAAUGGAUAAAAUUUCAGCUAAAAUUCUACAAGUAGCAGCUCCAGUUAUUGCACCUUCUCUUACUGAGAUUUUUAAUAUGUCAAUUGACUCGGAUCAAUUUCCUUCUGAUUGGAAAGCUGCAAGGGUUAUUCCAUUGUUUAAAAAACGUCAGCGGUCCAUGUUGGACAACUAUAGACCGAUAUCAAUCCUUCCUGUAGUAAGUAAACUGAUGGAAAGAAUUAUGUAUGAUCAAAUGUAUGAGUAUCUUAACCAGAAUAAUCUUUUCUCAAAACACCAAUUUGGUUUCAGACCUUAUCAUUCCACAACUACUACAUUAUUGGAUUGUACGAACGAAUGGUAUACCAACAUGGACCGUGGGCUGUAUAACUUAGUUGUUUUUCUUGACCUAUAA